AUGUCAGUGCUGCUUCUCCAUUAUAUGAAUCGAAAUGGUCUGCUCACAGCGUCGCCAACCUCCGAGUUGCGAGACCGGGCUCCGAGGAGGUCAAGCGGUCAGAUGUUCGAGUGGGCAUCUCGGUACCUUGUCUUCAUAACGGCCCAAAGCUUAGCCAGACGAGUACCGCGCCGCGCACGCAUCUCUGGUCAUUCUUGCCUCUGCGCCUUGCCGGGAUCGACCAUCGCGCUCUUCUCGCACCAGUUGUGUGGGCGCGGAGGAGGCGGGUGCUAUCGUCCCCAACGCCAGGCGGUGCUGUGCGAAUUAUCUGAAAAGGAAGCAGCAAGGCGUAGUCCAGUUCUUGUGCUGGGCCGGUGGGUGGAGGACAAGUCAAGAGCUUUGGACGUCGUGGUCUGGUCGGCACCCACACUAAAUGGCACACAAUCGGUCAUGGCGAAGUGGCACCGGAGUUUCUACGGUACAACUGUUGGACGUGGACCGCCGAAUGGUCGUUGCAUUUCGUCCGUUCGCGGUGGUUCCGCAGAGGCUGCGACGCCAGCCUCAACGCGACCUGGCGAGGUGCCAAUGCAACUUGGCACGCGCACUGCUGAAGCCCGACCCCUUCGGCAUCACUUGCGGGUCAGUGCAGAGAAGCGAGCCACGGGUAACUGUCGUCCAUGCCGUUUUGAAGCUGUCAACCCACCUUGUCUGACAAGCCAUUCACUCUCAUUGGGCCCAGAACCGAGGCCAGAGCGGUGGUCGGCCGUCGCUGAUGUCGUAAAUGUACGACACCCAAGAGCAAGUCGCCAAGUUCAGCCCUCCAAUUCUCAUGUGCCACAAAGCCAUCGCGCCCAUGCAGCUUCGAGCGGCGGUGUGUCCGGCGUGCAAGGGAGGAAUGAUUCAUCAACGGGGUGCGUCUGCAGACCCCAAGUCAAAUGGCUCACAUUGCCGACCUUCUGGAUCUGGUCGCCUGGUCUGUCCGUAAGAGAGGCUGGCCGGGGCACCAAGUACGGAGUACCUCUUGCUGACGGCUGUGCCAACGGGCAAGCAGCGCAAGGAGCUCCACACGGUGUGACGGGAUGGGUUGUUGGGGCUUGUCGUGUGUGGGGGACCCUUGGCAAGUCUACUGGCGACAUGACGGUGACCUCUUCUGCAUGUACUGGAUGCUGGAUGCUGGGUGCUGGGUGCCCAGAUACCAGUGCAGAGAAGCUUGAAAGGGAAUGUCCCAUCCUGGCAUGUCGCAUUCUGGUCGUCCCCGUCGUCCCCGUCGUUCCUGGAUCUCCAGAGCUGCCUCCACCAAGGAGGCUGUUGUUGCUGGGCAGAGCUGGGAAGAGGUCGGCAGGUACCCAGUACAUGCAAGACUGCUACUACUGCUAUAAGGCUGGCACAUGUACACUGCCCAAGUACAGCCAGAGCACCAGAGCCAACUGCAUCCCGCUCCCAGUACUGAUGAGGCUAUCUGCUGGGGUAUGGAUACAAGUUGCAGAAUUGGCACAAAGUACCUGCGACAAGUUCAACCACAUCCUGCAUUGCAAGACCACACUACCACACUUCACAUUGCAGUCAACAUCCCUCCACGGCACUGCUUCACAGCCAACGGGUGCCUUAGUCCGGUACCUUGAUUCAAAGGGAUACAUGAGCAUGCAGCAGUGGAAUGUCGGCCCCAUGGCGGCGUACGCCGCCGCCGCCCAGUUCGGGCAAUCAGGCAACUCCACCAACCACACCACGGACAGUUUCAAUCCACAGCCACACCAGUAUGGCCAGGCCGAAAUGAACCGCCGCAACGACGGCGGCAUGGACUACAGAACAUAUGCCACCCAACCACACGCCGCUCAAGCCCAGGCCCAGGCCCAGGCACAGGCCCAGGCUCAGGCCCAGCACCAGCACCAGCAGCAACAGCAACAGCACCACUCGAGCGCGAUCCAGCCGCCCAUCUCCGUGUCGCAGCAUGCCGCGCAGCAGCAGCAGCAACACGUGCCGCAGCAGCACGUCCAGCAUCCCCAGCAUGUCCAACAACAUCCCCAGCAGCAGCAGCAACAACAGCAGCAGCAGCAGCAACAGCAGCAGCAGCACCCGCAGCACCUCGCCCAACAGCCCCAGCAGGGCUCGCCUGCGCAGCAGCAUGUCCCGCAGCAGCACGUCCAGCCGCAGCACGUCCAGCCACAGCACGUCCAGCACGCGCCGCAGUCGACCUCUGUUCAGCCGCAACAGGUCCAUCAGCCUCCGCAGCAGCCGACUCCCCAGCCCGCCCCGGCUGCCGCCCCGACCCCGGCCACUAAUCGGCGCAAACGCCCCGCUCCCGCCUCCGCCGCAGCGACCCCGACCGCCCCCGUAACGGCCCCUCCCCAGCCCGUUCAGACCCCAGUCCAGCAGGCCCCCCAGAUCGCGACCCCCGUCCCCGUGCCCACACCUCCCGCUCCGAUACCCGCUGCGACUCAGCCCCCCACCCCGGUCGAGAAUGCCCAGCCCGCCCCGCAGGCUCCUCCGGCCAAGAAGAGCCGGACGAAUACACCGUGGACGCCAGCCGAGGAGCUGCGCCUGAAACAGAUGAGGGACUCGGGCGCCAGCUGGGCUGAGAUUGCCAAGACCUUCCCCAUGAGGACAGAGGGCAGCGUCAAGAAGCACUGGUACAAGGACAUGCAUUACGCAGAGUUUGCCGAGGAUGAGGUAGGUGGCGCGAGUGCUUCUGCGCCCAAUCCAUGCCCCGGUGCUACACACUUAAGGAUACUGACGAUGGGGCCUUGCAGAGCGCGGCGUUGAUGAAUGCGAUCAAGGAGUACGAGAACAACAAGUGGAAGGUCAUCGGACAAAAGGUUGGCAAGCCCGCAAAGGCUUGUGAGCAGUACGCCAAGGAGCACUUCCCAGAUCUCUUCAACCCUGCGAAGCGUGGCUAGGAGCCGUCACCACAAACCCCAACCGUGGCGAAGAAUCGCAAGCAGGAUGCAAAGAGUCAUACACCCGUCACCACGAAUUCAAAGCCAGCCUCGAGUCCACAGUAUCCCGCACCCGCUCUACCCGUCUUCACAAGUCCGUACAGCCAGCGCCCGACCGGCCACGAGCCACAGGGCUCGGAUCCCCAGCCCUCACAUUCGCAGUCGGACGGGCCAGCAUGACGCGCCGGCGACGAGGGACCUUCACCGUUGCCGCCCGCAGUGGCCCCGGCGGUGACAGCACCCGGAUUGCGCUGACUCCUCAGCAGCCACAAACCCCGGGAGACUACACCCAACCGACUGGCUUCGUAUCUUUUGACCGCUCUGGAUGGGAGCAAGGGGCUGGCUGGAGGGCGCCAGGGCAAGAUUGCCGCAGAUACCGUGGCGAUAUGGGGCCCCCGUUUAAUGCCUAAAAUGACUUUUUGUGUGUGUGUGUUGUGUUUGUGCGUGCGUGUGUCUGUGUCCAGGUUGGGCUGAGUUUUCUUUUUCUUCUCGCCUCGCCUCUUGGCGUCGGGCUCGACGGGCGAUGUUUUCUUCUUCUUUCUUCUUUAUUCCUUCUUCUUCCCUUGUCACGAACGGUCCUCGGUCUUCGGUCAACAUCAUAGCCCAUCUUUUUUUGUUGGGAACGGAAUCCAUCUGCUGCGAGUCUCGAACAUAUUCAAAGCAAUGCGUGGGCGGCACGGCAAGUCGUGUGGAUGCAACAUAAUCACGAUGACGGGGCCAUUCAUUCACUGACGAGCACUCACAUUUACCACACACGGGGCUUUGGAGCGGCGUUGUAGGUCUCUGGACAAACAGGUCGGGGGAGGGGGAGAGUAGCAGGAGGGGGUGUGAUGGCCGAGGCAGGCGAAGUGAGAGGUACUGGUAAUUGCGUGGGCGAGAGACUGGCUUGGGGGAGACUGUGAUGGCUGGAAUGGCUUAUUCUUCCGAGGGCGGACGGAGGUGGUGGGCAUUUUGACGAAGGGCAUCUUUUUAUACCCACCGAUGACCAAUAUACUGCUUGAAACCCGCCAGACAAGGUCCCCCGAGAGCAGUGAGGGACAGUGGUGAGGGUAGUGGUGAGCGUUGAUGGUGCGAGGUGUGCCGCACGUGACGGGCGGCGCAGGCAACUUGAAGGUGGGUUUGACGUAGACACAGCAGCAGCCCCGAGCUGUCGUCGACAGUAGGUACGGAGUGGGUGGCCGAAGUACCGUGUACCGGCAUGAUCAAGUCUACUGCGGGUGGCCACGAUGGCGAUGGUGGAUGAUGUCUUGGGUAUCCCUGGCCGCCAAAGCCCAGUUCGCAGUGUGGUGAGG